UUAUUUAUUUUGGUUACUCCAAGGCCAUCCUUUCUGUUAUUUCGAGUUUACGUCCUUCAUUUUUUGGUUUGUAUGCUCUGUUGUUGGUGAUUUCUCCCUUUGAGUUUGGCUGGUUUGCUUUCCUGUUUUCUGUGCUUUGUGUCUUUCUAUGAUUUGAUUUUGCAUUUUUCUUCUCAAGGGUUUUCCUUCCAUUUUUGACUACUAUCUAUCUUUUCCCAGUUUUGAUUUGUCUCAUUUUUUCUUCUUUUCGGCUUUCAUUGUUGUUUCUUGAUUCCAUUAUAUAUAUAAAAAGAAAUUUGAUUACUCCCAUUUUAGUUUGGGUAUUUUUAAAAAAUUAUUUUUCCUUCAUUCCAUUAUUUAUUUGUAUAGUUGUGUUUUUGUGUUAUAGUGAUAGCCAUAUCUCUCAGUUGUGGUGGAUGAAUGAGCCAUUUGAUGCUUUUUUUUUUUUGUUUACUAUCAUCUUUAAUCUGUUGAGAAUAAACUCUUAUGGUUUUUUAUUGGUUGUUUAUUGACGUAAUCAUGAACGUAAGAAUGUUGAAUAUGAAUUACUGAACAAUUUAAAUGGAUGUUAAUUAUUUAUUUUAUUUAUAUUUAUUAUAAGUAAUUCCAUUUGGAUCAGUCCCUUGAAGAUCUAUCUUUCUCAUGGAGAUAUUGAUUUGACAGCCUUUGUGGCCUAAACUUAGAGGAGGCUCUAGCCAACGAUGUAUGUUCUAUCCUUCAAAGAGAAGAUCAUAACAGAGCUGCAGAGUUUGUGGUCAAGGAUGUCCAAUUAAUUCAGGCAAAGCAUUUUGAAUUUGAUGUUCCGAAUGAUUGCUUGGUGAUGGGCAAAGACUGGUGAAGCAUUAAAGCAAACAGUUUAGUGCGAAGUAAGAGCACCCAAAAAGAAUUCCAGAUAAUCCAACAAAGAACAAGGAAAAAAAAACAGAUACACCCAAAAAAAAUGUCGUCAAUUUUCGUUCAAAAACUUGCCCGUCGCCCUUUGUCAACCUAUCUGUCUCGUACACUCUCCAGAUACUUCUCCAUCGACUCGGGAUCUAAUAACUCAGUGGUUACUGAAAGGGCCGAAUUGACUCGGGUGCCAACUCUGGUGGAGGGAUGCGACUAUGAGCACUGGUUCGUGGUUAUGGAGGCUCCUAAGGGAUACCCACUUAGAGAUGAGAUCGUUGACACCUACAUUAAGACCCUAGCAAUGGCUUUAGGAAGUGAAGAGGAAGCUAAGAAGUCUAUAUACUCUGUCUCCACCAAGUAUUACUAUGCAUUUGGUUGCAAAGGCCCGGAAGAUUUGACUUUUAAACUUAAAUCUCUGCCUAACGUGAAAUGGGUUUUACCAGAUUCUUAUUUGGUUCACGGAGACAAUAGCUAUGGAGGAGAACCAUUCCUUGAUGGGAAGGUUGUUCAGUAUGAUGACAAGUAUCAUUCUGACUGGAUCCGGGUUCAAAAUGAUGAUGAAAGUAAAGAAACUCAUCCAAAAAAUGAAAGGGGAAGACAAAAGAAAAAGUAGCAUUAUAGAAGGCAUGCUGCUGUGCUUUAGCUUUCUCUUAUUUGGGUGUUAGAAGCUUACCCAUUAUUUUAGGAGAAUUAAAUGAAAAGAAGCAAGCACACCAGAAUCAGAUGUUACUUAGACUAUCUUGUCAGUGGAUUCUUAGAUAUUUGUUUCGCUUAUGCGCUGUAUAGAAUAGUGCCUUUGGUGCAACUCAUGGUCAAAAUGAAUCUUUGCAUUGCUGGUCAAAAUUUUGUAGCAUGGGCACAACGUGGGCUUGAUCCUGCAAUUACAAGGACCAGAGGGUCCAAUCACCUGCCACUGGGUUUACAUUGGCUUUUACUGAGAGGGGGAAAAAAAGGAUGGGGCACUCAAUAGUGGAAGCAUUGCCUUAUGCAACAAAUGUUCAAGAUUAACACCCAGUUGAUAUUUAGAAAUUGAAAAAGCUUUCAAUUGUAUUUGAUCCGAAGGAGAACCCUUUUAAGGUAAGACUGCUUAGUAGUUUUCUUUGCAAGAUUGUAAGGAGAGAAAGAGCUUAAUUUUCCAGCUAUAGUUUUUCUUCCUUUUCUAACUUCAUGCCAGCUGUAACUUGAAUUACCAUUCGACUAGAUGAUUGAUUUUUUUCUUCUGUUA